AUGGUCUCCCCUUAUGAUGGACCUCAGUACAGUACCAUUAGACGGCGUAUACAUGGGUGGUCCUGGCAGUCGUUCCCGAUCGGGAUGGGUACAGGCGCCGUCUAUGUCCUUUUAUCUGCUCUUAACCCUCAUCCAACCUGGGUCACAUAUAUUGAAAUCACAUUCUACAUUCUCAACAUGUGUCUUUUCUCUUUGAACAUUCUGAUGCUGAGUCUUCAGUUCAUACGUCGCAGUUUUCGUCGUCAGUUUCUCCGGCUGUCAUCAGAUCCGGUCAAAGGUGUUUUUGUUCCCCUUUCUGUUCUUUCGUUUGCCACUAUUUUUAUUGGCACAAUCAAUUACGCGGUACCCGUGGGAAUCAUAAACGCUGAUGGUGUUUAUGUCAUGUUCUGGGUAUAUGUGGUGCUAGCAGUCAUUGUCUCGUUCCCGAUGCUGAUGGUGUGGUUCAAUCAACCGCAUGAUGUUACAACCUUCACUCCAGCUUGGGCAUUCCUGAUUUUCCCAUUGAUGCUCACUGGCAUCAUCGCUCUCAACGCUCUAAGAGUGAUACAGACGUCUGAUCCUCGCGCACUUGGAAUUCUACUUAUAGGAUACAUUUCCAAGGUAUCGUAA